AUGGCUGCUAAGGCAUUUGAGUAUGCAGAUUUUGAUAAAUUCGAUAGAGUUCGAGUUCCUAAAAUCUGUUAUGCUGGUAUGCUUCAGUAUGAUGGUGAGCUGAAGCUUCCAACCCGUUACCUUGUAGAACCCCCAGAGAUUGAUAGAACAUCCGGGGAAUAUCUAACUUACAACGGUGUCCAUACUUUUGCUUGCAGCAUUGUAGGACUUUUCUUUCCCUCCAAUGUAAAUGUGUGUUUUGUCAUCUGUGGAAUUGAGGAAUAUGUGGAAAUUCCAGGUGAUAGUGGAAUCUCAUUCAACGUCCAGCCAAAGAUGAAGGCAUUGGAGAUUGCUGAAAAGGCAAGGGAUGCUAUUCUAACCAAGAAGUUUGAACAGGUACGUGUUAACCUACCCAAUGGGGACAUGGUGGGGCAUACUGGUGACAUUGAGGCCACAAUUGUUGCUUGCAAGGCUGCUGAUCAAGCUGUCAAGAUGAUUCUUGAUGCGGUAGAGCAAGUGGGUGGAAUUUAUGUUAUUACAGCUGAUCAUGGUAAUGCCGAGGAUAUGGUGAAGAGAAAUAAGACCGGGCAACCUCUUCUUGACAAGAGUGGCAACAUCCAAAUCCUUACCUCCCGCACUCUUCAACCAGUUCCCGUUGCUAUUGGAGGCCCCGGACUAGCACCUGGUGUUCGGUUCCGCAAGGAUCUUCCAAGUGGUGGUCUUGCCAAUGUUGCUGCAACUAUGACCAAUCUGCAUGGAUUUGAGGCCCCUGCUGACUAUGAGCCGUUCCUCAUUGAAGUUGUUGAUAACUAG